AUGUUCUACAGUCACGCUAUCCUGACGAGCCGGGAGCACGGUGUUGCCACUGUGUGGUUAGUCGCCACGCUUGGCUCCAGGUCGUCCCUAAAGACUGUGACGCGCAAGAAAAUUCUUGAUGUCGACGUCAAUAAAGCCUGCGACACGAUUCAGAAUCCUGACGCGCCUAUGGCCCUGCGUCUGCAGGGAAAUUUGCUAUAUGGCGUGGCACGAGUUUACUCACAGCAAUGUGGUUAUGUCCUUGCCGACACACAAGCCUUUCGUGACAAGGUCCGAGGCGUUUCGAUGGUCAUCAAGGAACUAUCUCUUGACCCAGAGGUAGGGAGAGCGAAACCCGACCAACUCAAUCUGCCAGACGACCCUGCUUUCAUGCCAGAGCUAAAUUUGGACUUCGAUCUGUCAGGCUUCGACAUGCCACUGGAAACUUCUCGCCACUCGAGCCUUAUGUCCCCACCAUCCCUGAUUUCAAGUCGAUCCAGCCAUUUGGCAGACGAAGAACAUGGAUCCGAAGAGCCUGCUCUCGAGUUGCCCUCUGGUGACAUAUCUCUCGGGGCUCGUGUAGGCGGCUUUGAUCUUGACUUGACAGCGGGCUUGAGUUCGGUAGGAAAGAGUGAGAGCAGAGCCACUAUUCCAUCUAUCCUCGAAGAAGACAGUGGCAUUCUUAAUGUGGGCUGGGAAUUUGAUGAGCAUGGGAAUAUGAUCGAAACGGCCGACGCCUCGAAAUCCGAUGCGGUCGUCGCGUCGGGUGGAGAUAUUCCCGUGAGUCGCGUUGGGACGGAUUCUGCAAUCAGUGCAAGAGUACGGCAGGAGCACGCAGAAGGGCGACUAGCUACUGAAAAGGUUCGUCUGCCGUCCAUACCGCAGCCUACUGCCACAGGCAUUGGACAGAACCUGGGCUUUGACGACGGUAUAUUGGCAUUUGGUGAAGAUGAGCAUGUACUUCCCGAAGCACAGCGGGUCUCUCCUCGUCAACUAGUAGGCCAGGUUGAGACCACGCGUUCUCCAACCACUGCGUCACCUGUUCAGCCUGUAGAAGAAGAGCUGUCUUCGACAGCGCUAUCAGCACCACAUAAACGUGCUCGUGCGCCAAAAACUCUUGGCUCGGAUGAAAGGCCGGGAUUGACCAAUGAUGAACUGAGACAAUGGAAUGAGAACUAUCUCGAUAACAUGCGGCAGGUGGUUGAUGCCAAACACCCAUAUAAGCUGGUACAUCAAGCCAAAAAGAACGCGGAGUACUGGGUCACGGGACAGGGGAUUGGGCGAGUUGGGUGCGGUCUUGGUCAGGAUCAUGCUCCCGGCCCAUUGCAGAUGUUUAGUGGAUUGACCUUGCUGGCUGCUCUGACAGGGAGAGAUAUGUCGACAGCGGGUACAAAGCAUGCCAGGAGCCCAUCAACCACAAAUUCGGCAGAAGAAGAAGAAGAGAGACGUGUGCGUGCUAGGGAAGAAGAGGGAGAGCGAGUAGGCCGCGGUCUUGGCGAUCAGGAUCUUAGUCUGGCUGGGCAUGAUGACGAGAUCUUCGUUGGCGGUGAUGAGAUGGAUGUUGAGGUAGGACGAGCUGCUCAAGAAGAGCUCCCCGAAAGACGUUCCUUACAAAUGCCAUGGGAUUCAUUCUCCGCUUCACGACAGGGCUCCAUUCACCCAUUCGGAAGUGCUGCAGGAGGAAUGACCUCUAGCGUCGGAGCCCCCGGUCGAGGUUUUGAGCUCGGUCCACCAUCAGCCCUCUCCAGGCGCGUAUCACGACUCACCACAGCUAGUCCGCUACAAGGCCAUGGUCUUCCCGUCCCACUCUCUCAACGCCUCAGCAUCAUUAGUACACCAGACCGAGAGCGACUCGUAACGAGCAGUGCCCUCGUAGGGGAUGAUAAUGAAAUGCUUGGCGGUGAACUGUUGCCGUCAGGGGAUGAGAAUGAGGACUUCCAGCUCUAUGGUCCAGCGGCAGCGGUCGAUACACAGACCGCAGCACAGAGCCAGUGGGUUGCGGCUGCCCUGGAUUCCGAGUCUCGAAAUUUUCUUGAUUUUCUCGAUGCGCAGAUUCAAGCGAGAGAACCUACCGCAGAAAAAGAGCAAGACGAGGAGGGUGAAAAGCUGAGACGGUCAGCGACGUUCGAGGGCCUGCUUCCGCCAACGGAGCACACGAGAGUGGUGGCAGCGCAAGCUUUCCUACAUGUCCUUACCCUCGCCUCAAAGAACCUGGUGAAUGUUAGGCAGGCUAAGGGGUUUGGGGAUAUUGAGAUUGCUAUCACCGUGGAGGUCUGA